AGUAUUUCCCGUGUACACGACAGUAAUCCUUCCCGCCUCCUCUGUAUCUCGGAACUUUGAGACAAGUUCAAAAGCAUUCACGUGUCCGUGUCCGGAGCUGGAGCUGGACUGCUGGACCCUUGGAACCUGAUCGGGCUCUGACAUCGAGGAAUUUGAAUCGUCCGCGGCAUGUCCCGCAUCUGAAGAAAGACACCAACGAUGUCAUCUCUGACCGAAAUUUCGGUCGAUAAAAAUUUAAUGCGAACGAUGCAGCGCAAGAGCUCCAAGAAGCUGAUUUUUCAAAUUUUGGCGUACUCGUGACACGACUGAAUCAUAUAAGAUAAUUCUUCUGCAGAUGUGGGGAUGCAAUCCUUGCAACUCUGCGCAAACGGCUUUCCAUGGAUGAUUUCAAAAUUUCCCAGAAGCAGCUCACAGAACAACAAAGAGAGCGAAUUACUCAAAAUUUCAGAGCUGCGAAAGCUAUCAGGGACAGAAAGCGCUCUCAAUUGUUCAACACCCCUCCUUCUCCAUCCUCGAUAUGGCCAAACCACCCUGGACAAGGACGGUUGUCACUCGAUGGUUGCACUUCUGAGUCUCACUUCAGGAGCCCACCGAUUUCCCGAUCAAGAAAGAAGACACACAUUGAAGUCAGUACACACGAGAUGCCGAGGAAAGCUUUGAGUGAACUCAGCUCAAACGCUAUAUAUCGUUUGAGGAAGUUCCAGGGUUCAGAAUGUGUGACAAGUAGGGGGACACCGCCUAAGACUGAGUAUUGUCAUAAGAUCGGUGAUGGCGCCAUUGUUCAGUCGAGAAACAUCGGAUCCUGUCCAAGUAUUCCUGAAGCAAAUGCAGCUCUGACCUCGAUUCAAUCACACCAGUCCAUCACGGAGGUUCUGAAUGACGACUUUGACGAGAUGUUAUUUGAGGAGAUUGAUAUAUUGUGUGGACAGAGGAGGAAAGCAGAGGAUAAUGUCAUACAUCCAAAAGCAGAAAGUCCCUUGAACAGGAAUAUUUCACCUGAGGAGAACUCAACCACGCUUGUCAAGACUGGAUCAAGCACAGACGUAUGUAAAAACGUAGGCUCUAUCAGAUACCCCACAGCUCAUAAGGAAGACAAGAUUCUGGAAUUUCUUGCGGCAAUAUUUCAGAGCAAAGAUGAUGGAAAACCAGAACAUGGUAAAAGCAUUCCUCUUUCUCUUCCGGAUGACGCAAAUUCUUUGGAAAGUACAUCCCUCGCUACAGGUGGCAUCUGUCCAAGAUUCGAGUCAAGUGGAUUACAACCCAUACCUUCGAAGGGAGUAGGGAAAUCUGGAGGCAUGAAAGUGUUGGAUCAAGAAGCUGGUGAGAUUAACCUCCUUGAAAGCGCUGAGAUGUGUGGUGGGAUUGACCCUUGCCAGCUGAACCCACCAGAUCCACCUGAAUCUCUCAAUGUAAACGAUGCCCCAUUAACUCUGUCAAGUGACACGCUCAAUAUAUCAGGAGUGCUUCAUGGAUGUACUUCUGUUUCUGAAAGUUCAAUAUUGGCAAGCGAGGCCAGUAUAUCUGCGGAAUCAUUGAAAAAUCAAAAUAGUACAGACCAACGUCACGGUUCAAAAUUCUCAGAAAGAGAAACAGCCAUGGCAAAUUCAGUAAAAUCCACAGGUGGACCUGAGUUGCCGGCUGAGAACAUCCCUUUUUCUGUAAAUACUCCACUGGUAAGGGAGCUUGGCUCAUCUCCUGAGGCCCUGGUGAAUCAAAGAGUACCAAGUUAUCUUCAAAACUUAAAUGCGUCCCAGAGAGAAGCAGCUGCUAGCGACACCACGAAGCCACUAUUGAUUCUGGCUGGUCCGGGGAGUGGGAAGACCUCAACUAUGGUGGCGCGCUUGAUACACUUGCUAGAAGAGGGAAUAGAGCCGAAGUGUGUUCUGGCCAUGACUUUCACCACCGCUGCGGCAAAUGAAAUGAGGGAAAGGGUUGGAGCAGCCAUUGGAAAAAUAGCAUCCAAGGAGUUGGCAAUCAGUACUUUUCACUCUUUCUGCUUGCAGCUAUGUCGAACACAUGCUGACAAGUUAGGGCGCACUCCUGAGUUUCUUGUGUAUGGUACUGGUCAACAAAGAAAGGCUGUCAUCGAGGCCACCAGAAUUGCGUUCUCUGAACAUAAAGGUGAACAACUACCAGGACUGAAUGGUUCGAAGGACUUACCUGAUGAAAAGUAUGAAAGUACGAAUCCGUCACGCUGGCGGGAGCAAGCCAGAAAGUGGCAGCAAUUUGUUACGCAGGCCAAAUGUGCAGGACGGACCUCUACAUACUAUGAGAAGAUCGGCAACAUGCUCGGGGCUUCAGUGCUGAGAAAUUACGAGAAGACUCUGACGGCCUGCAAUGCUCUUGAUUAUCACGACUUCAUCAGCUGUGCUGCCAGACUUCUUGAAGAGCAUCAAUCAGUUCUUGAGGAGUGUCAAAGGACAUGGUGUUGCAUACUUGUAGACGAGUUUCAGGACACAAGCGCAAUGCAGUACAACUUCUUGCAGUUACUUGCAUCCCACCAAAGAAUCACAGUAGUCGGUGAUGAUGAUCAGUCUAUUUUUGGGUUCAAUGGAGCAAAUGCAGGAGGUUUUUCAUCCUUCAGGAAGGACUUCCCUACCCUUAAGGAGGUGAGACUGCAUCAAAAUUACAGGUCAACACGUUGCAUUGUGGAGUGUGCUUCUGCUCUCAUAAGGAACAACAACAAGCGAUGUCAGACCGAACAAGUUGUCACAGAUAACAAUCUUGGAGACAAAAUACAAGUUAGAGAGUGUCGAAACGAGUCUGCACAGUGUGCAUUUGUUGCUGAUACUCUGCUGAUGGCCACCUUGUCUUCGAACUAUCUCAGUUGUGGCAGCACUGCUGUUCUCUAUCGUCGUCAGGCGACUGGAAAAUUAUUCCAGUCCACAUUUCGCUCUCGAAAAAUUCCUUUUAAUGUACACGGGGUUGCCUUCUAUCGAAAAAAAGUUAUCAAGACCAUCACAGCUUUGUUCUGGACAGUCUUACCGGGGCGGAAGGAUAUUUUUUCGCGAAGAGUUUUUAAGGCCAUGUAUGGAGGAGAGAAAUCUGAAUCGAAGAAGGCUGUGGAAUACGUCGAGAAAAUUUCAAGAAGCAAAAAUUGUGAUUUUCUGCAAGCUGCCUCGGAAAUCUUCACGGCAAAAGUUUCAGGCACUUUUACAAGGCGCCAACUGGCCAUGGGAAGGAAAGUGCUUAGCUCGAUAAACACAGUCAAACAUCUCGUGUCUAAGGAGCAAUCUCUGUCAGCCGUGAUUACUGCAGUUGCGAACCUGCUUCCUCAGAGGCCUAUCUUCGAUACCCGCGCUGUAGUAACUGAAGAUGGACGAAGACUGCUGAAUGAAGACGAAGACUCACGGACAGUUUUGGAGUACUUGCUUGAUGAUGUGAACGAGUUCCUUGGAAAGCAUUACAACUCAUGCCCUCCUAAAGGGGUAGAGCUGGAAAUUGGUGGAUGUUCAUCCGCAUUGAGGGCUUUUUUGGGUUACAUGACAGCAAGAGAGGAAGAAAACUUCCGAAAUCGUAAGGAGGAAAACAACAACUCUGUGACUCUAACCACAAUGCAUCAGUCCAAAGGCUUGGAGUGGGAUACAGUUUUCAUAGUGAAGGCCAAUGAUACAGAAACUCCGUUGCUUCAUGAGGGAUCGGGCUGCGUAAACGAGGACUCUGGUUCUCUAGAGGAAGAAAGGCGGCUGUUUUAUGUUGCGAUGACACGAGCGAAAAAGAAGCUCUAUAUCAGCUAUAUUGUUGUUGAUUCUGAUCGGCAGAUACUUAAACCAACUCGAUUCUUGGCGGAACUCCCUCGCGCCCUUUUAGAAUUUCAGGAUGGCGCCAGUCAGAUCAGACCGGAGAUUACGACACCAAUAAAGGAGCAACCAGCCAAAAUCGAGCACCUUAGCACAGACAGUUUGUCGAAUGCUCAAGUGGACGAAUUGAGCAAAGUCUCUGGAGAGGAAGUCCAGAACAACAAAGAUGGUCCAGUUGUAGAACACGAUAAAAUCGACAAUGAUGUGGCUCGUAAAGAUGGAAGUGCUAGUAAUGCGCCAGCCGUGCAAAGCUGCCUUAGAACGAAUGCUUUUCUGAAAGGAUUCAGCAUCGAAGCGAGGUCUGUGGUAGCCGGGUUAUUCCAUACAUGGGCAAAAAAACCCUCUUUUCAAGACCCAAAACGUCUUCUUAGCAAGGUUGGAUUUGUUAUCGACGAACGUCUUCGAAGCAAAGGAACAAGGAACAAAGAAGUGCUCAUCAACUUGAAACUCGCACUAAGAGACGAAACUGCUCUAUCCUAUGCCCAAAAUGUGCUCGCUUGGGAGAAGCUUCCGGCCGAGGAGAGAGCAGUCCUUCAGGCCGAGCGACAGGAGCACUUUCAGAUCCAGAAUAGUGAGCGCGCGCAAGCUGCCGCCUGUGCUACACCUAAACAGAUAUCGUAUUUGCGAAGCCUCGGCUGUACGGUUGAUCCGACUUCUCGCCUUCAUGCAUCGCGUCUGAUCGAGCAAUACAGAAAACUUUGAAGGACGCCUCUGUGUAGCUCCUCGUGAUCACUCUUACAUUCGUGUGUCAUCCAUUCAUGACUCUGUAUUCAUUGUCUUAGUCGGGGAAAUUCUUGGUAACUGAUUUUAAAAGCACUUCAUUCCUGAAGUCUUUUGUCACUAUACACAAGCUUCGAGAAGGCCACUCUGAUUGCAUGUUUUCAGAUUCUUUACGUAUGUAAUAUAGAAAGCAAUUAUCUAGUGUCCAGACUAACAUACCCCUUCACCCUCAUCAGAAGACGAACUGUUAGCUAUAUUUCAUUUAGAAGCAGUGACCAUACUUACCUAUCGAAGUGAAGUCACUUCAUACUGAGACGUUUGUUGACCAUCCUCAGAAAACCCGUCGAAAGUUUUAAAACUGAGCGUAUUUCCAGCUCGUAAGUUGUGAGGACGUCUGAUUGAAAGAUAACAAUCUUUUAGCUACAACUUUCCAAAUAUGGCUCCCUCAGAUCGAUUUCAGUUGGUUUACAUGUCGAAGAUAAAGCUGAUUCCUAACAGGAGCUGACGAAAGUGGACGUGCGUUAGUCAGCACACAAUAUGGUAAGAGUAUCUCUCAAACAAACGUUACGUCCAGACAAGGCUUUUACCACAGAAGAUAUCAGAAGGUUCUUCGUUUCUGUCUGACGUCAUACAUUUCUGAAGAGACAUCUCCACAUGUAUCUGUUUAUUUGUGCCUUUCUUGAACAAUCAAUCAUUGUUCCUGAAAGAUAAUGUACUGGCAUGUACAGUUUAAAUAAACUUUCAAUUGUAAUUCUGG